AUGGAUGUUACUGUGCAGAACUUUCCAUACCAUCUCCCCCGGAUCCUAGAUGACUUGGCGAACUGCUGCUUUGUCUCGUUGGACUUUGAGUUCUCCGGUAUCUCAUAUGGCAUCACGUCGCAAGGAACAGCCCAAGGACCGCAGUCAUUGCAGGAUCGUUACUCGGAGACCAAGAGUGCAGCUGAUAAAUUCCGAAUUCUACAGAUUGGAUUGACGAUCUGCCAUGAGGAUGUUACGACUGGAUUAUACACCCUCAAGCCAUAUAAUAUGUAUCUCAGCCCGGCAAUCGAUCACAGAUUGGAAGUGGAAAGGAAUAUCACCUUUCAGAGCAGUGCCGCCGAUUUCCUUUUGGAGAACAACUUUAGCAUGGAUGCAUACUUCAAAAAUGGAGUAAAGUAUCUCUCCCGAGACGAGGAGAAAGAGGCUACGGCCAAAGCCACGGAACGGCGUGAUCGCCCGGUGGUACGUCGUCUCAAAAUAGACGUCAAAGAACAGGAUCAAGAGUCGCUCGAAUUCUUGGAAGCCGUUCGAAAAUUAGUUGAUGAUUGGCUUGCUCUUGGUAAUGGCCGUGAUAGUUAUUUGAACAUUCCACCCCCAACCCGCAUGAAUGACCCCAAGCCUAGGGGGUUCUUUCCUACGACCCUGAACAGGUUCCAGAAGAGGCUCGUCCACCAACUUAUUGAAACAGAAUAUCCGUCCUUGGUGACAGUCGGCAAGCCUGCAUUCAUCCAGAUCUUGGAGUUCGACGAAGCACGGGAAAAGGCCGUCCGAGAACAGCGGAUGAGGUACCAGGAAGAGAGGAUGAUGAAACAGAAAGGAUUCCGGUGGAUUGCAGAAGCGCUGGCCGGGAGUGAUCUAUCAAGCCUGGACCCAGGCUGCUUCAUGGGUGUCAUGGCGAAUUCUCCCGCGAGAGCCGGGUUAUCUCUGAAGGAAUUUGCGAACAGACUGAAGCAGCGGUUGAGAACCCACCGGCCUGUUAUUGUUGGGCACAAUCUGUUUACGGAUUUGAUUUACUUUUAUAGAUGCUUUUUCGGGCCGUUGCCGGAGCGUGUUGAGGAUUUUCAGGUCGCAGCUCAUGAGAUGUUUCCGGUCUUGAUGGACACCAAGUAUAUGGCCACGCAUGACUGUGGAUCGAUCAACCCGAUAUCAUCUUUGGCAGAGAUAAAUGACAGUUUGCUGAAGACGUCGACACCCAGGAUGACCGUACACCCUCAACACUCCAAAUAUCACUCCCGGAAGAUUGAUCAUGAGGCGGGAUACGACAGUUUAUUGACAGCGCAGAUAUUCAUCAAGCUGUCCGCUCAACUCCGUCAUGGAGGGACCUCAAAGUAUCUUGGAACAGCCCUGUUGACACAACCGGCAGAGUCCACAGAGUCUACAAACCUGCGCACAAGAUUCGAUCUUCUCCAAUGCGAAGAGACUACAAACACCUUUAGUAGCAGUAUCCCAGCAGCCACGACACCCCAGACCCGGAAAAUGGUGGACAACGGCGAAUUGAUCCCCCGAUUUGACGCGGAAUUCUGGAAAGCGUACGGCAACCGGCUUCGUGUUUUUGGCACCGAAGAACGGAUGUGCAUCAUUGGAUAG